GGUCGCGGCUUCCGGCGGAAGUGUGCCGGCAGUCGGUAACGGACGAUGGAGAGCGGCGGCGGCGGCGGCAGACCGCCCGCCUUCGACCGGGCGCCGGGAGCGGGUCGAGGCCGCGGCCGGGGCUUCGGGGCGGCCGCGGGAGCGGGGGGGCGGCCGCAGGGACAUGGCGACGGCGCCCAGGAGAACGGGCUGUGUCCCGGCUCGGGCCUGGGCCUGGCUCCGGCCCCCGGACCCGGAGCAGCGCUCGCCCAGCUGCCCGGAGCCGCCCCCGGCAUCACCGCCUCCGGGAACCCCGUCACCGCCACCGCCAGCGGACUGCAGGGCAACGGCGUCCAUGUCAAGAGCGCCAUCCAGCAGCAGGAGCCGCUGCGGCAGCCCCGGAGCAGCCCGCCCGCCGAGCACCCGGAUCAUGGGCAAAUGGCCUUGGGAUCUCAUGACCAAUAUCUGUCGCAUGGCACAAAUACCUCCAUGGUUAAAUCACAGAAAAUGGAGACAUUCACCAUCCAGUCUAAACUUUCAGCCAGCGCACCAGAAUUCUACCCCUCUGGCUUUAUGGCAGUGUCGUCGAAAGCUACUGCCGACGAGGCCUAUGUGGAUUUUGAGAUCCCGCCUGACCUCACACUUGCUGAUUAUCUCCAAGAUUUCCUGAGUCUCCUGACCUCUCACCCCGGGAGCUUUGAGCUGGAGAUUGGGCAGUUCACAGAAAUGAUGAACACCUGGGUGAACACUGACGAAAUACUUCAAGAGGUGGUGGAAAUCAUCUACCAGCAGGCAACCACGGUGCCCAACUUCACGUACACAGCUGCUCGACUAUGUAACUACCUGUCCCAGAACCUUACUAUUAACCCCAGAAAUAGCAACUUCCGCCAACUCCUGUUACAGAGGUGUGAGACAGAGUACUCGAAGAGAAACGAGGCAGCGAAUGGUGAUGAAAAGGCCAGGAAGAAGUUCCACUCAUUUGUGCUGUUUUUGGGUGAGCUGUAUCUCAACCUGGAGAUCAAAGGUGUAAACGGGUCGGUGACACGAGCUGAGAUUUUGCAAAUAGGACUCUGCGAAUUACUGAGCGCACUGUUUUCUAAGCCCGUGGAUGAUAACCUCACCUGUGCUGUAAAAUUACUGAAGCUUACUGGGUCAAUACUAGAAGAUGCCUGGAACAAGCAAGGAAAAUCAGAUAUGGCCGAGAUAAUUCAGCGAGUUGAGAAUGUUGUUCUAGAUUCUGACUGUAGUAGAGAUGUCAAGCACAUGUUGCUGAAGCUGGUGGAGUUGCGGUCUAGUAAUUGGGGUCGUGUUCACACAGCAGUCACAUACAAUGAAGCUACACCUGAAAAUGAUCCUAACUAUUAUAUGAAUGAGCCUGUAUUUUAUUCAGCAGAGGGUAUCCCUCUCACUCCAGCAGACCCAGAUUACCUGGAAAAAUACCAGGAGAUGAUUGAUCGAGAGGAAUUGUUUCAAGGUUAUUCCGACGAAGAUGGGGACGCGUAUCUUGAUGACUCGGAUGAUGAGAUGGACCCCGAGAUGGAAGAAGCUUUUGAAAAGUUCUGUGCCGAAACAGAGAAAAAGACAAAAUAGUGCAAAGAGGAGAGAGCAUGGGAUUCGUUAGAAGUGAAAAAUAGACAAAAAAAAUUUGGGUUUUGAGUGUUUAUUUGAAAAAAAGGACAAAAAAAAACUUUUGACUUUCAAAAGACAUGCAAGUAAUUUAAAGGCAAACUGAAGAAACAUUUUCAUUUUCUUGUGCCAUUGAAAGCAUUACAGGAAAAGGUCUGUGGGAAUCUACCUAAAGCUGUUGAUGGUGAAUACACUGCAAAAAUGCCCAAGCAGAUUCUGCCUGAUAAUAUGUUGUACUUUUAAUGAGACUCUUUUGUAAUAUAGUUUGUUAUAGUUUUAUUUUUAUGUAAAAGUUGCAAGUUCAAAACUAAAAUAAAAUGAUUCUUUGUAACGGG